UUGCCUGAUUUUCUUCACUUUGCGUUGAGCUGGUUCGUUGCGAGGACCGUCCUCGGAGUAUAGUUUUAUAUAGUAAUUUGUAAAAUAGUUUUGUAAGCUGUAAAAAAUUGAAAAAAUAUAAUGCAAAGUGAAAAAUUAUUAAAAAAAAAAAUUACAAAAAAUAUUGAAAUUUUAAACAGUGAACUUACAAAUUAAUAAAAAAUAUCUAAAUAUAUGAAAUAAACAAAGAAAAAACAGUUAUAACAAUGAGUUGUGUAUAAUAAAUAAGUGUAUAUAUACAAUUUUUCUAAAGGGCAAAAAAAGCUUAUCCGAAAAAAAAAUCCAAUUGAAAUCCUUUUGCUAAGAAAUUUUUUAGUAUGAGCCAACAACAAUAAUAGCAACAGCUGGCUGGUAUUGUAGAAAAAAAAACACCAACAAAAAUUUUAAAUCAUUUUGUACACAUUGACGGAAAGGAGGAAGGAGGAGAAGAUAAUCGAUUGCCGAAAUAUCUCACUUUUACUUCCUAUACUAAUGUUGCUGUAAAGUUGUUUUGACAUUUUUAACAAACGCGCUUAACAAUGUUUAUUGCAACAUAUUGUAUGUUGCAAUAUGACAAGCAACAAGUGCUGUUUAAAAUGCAACAUAUCUCAUAACACAAUAUAUUGACGGUUCUAAGGGGAUAAUCAGUAUUAUAUUUUAAUUUAUUAAUUUUGGAAGCAGCCAUUGAGAAAUACAAAAUUCAACAACAUAAACAAGGCUACACUGAAAUUGGGGAUACAGCACUAAAACAUUGCUGCUGAAGGCUGCUUUUACGCCCAACAAAAUGGUAACACCAUCAGUGGCGGCGGCAACAACAGCAGCAUCGUCAUCAACUUCAACAUCAACAACGGCAACAUUAGCAGCAGCAUCAACAACAUCAGCAAAUGAAAAUAACAGCAACAAUAUCAUAAAUCAACAGUUGCAGCAACAACAUCAAGAUGGCCUGCAACAAUUAUCGGCACCAGCUCAAGCAACAACAACCACUUCCUUUACAACAAGCGCCGCAAUACCUAGGCAACAUCCCAAGAAACGUAAAUUUGAUCCCUCAGAGUUGGAUGAAAGCAACAAUGAUAAUCCUAAACAACAACAACAACAGGAUCAAACAGGUUCAUCAACGGAGAUUAAAUAUUUGCCAUCAACAAGACAGAUCUCAACAUCAAUAUCAUCACCACCACCACCUCCUCCAUCUUCAUCAACUUUAUCAACGAAGACGACGGCGACGUUUACAACAACGACUUCAUCCAAUGGCAACGGCACAACAGCUGGAUCAACAAAUGGCAAUAAUCCUGCCACCAUUUAUACCAACAUACGCACAAGUUUCGAUUGUCCCUCGGACGCUGCCACAACCACAUCCAUUUCGAUGAACAGUAAUACAAGUAGUUGUAAUAAUAGCAACAACAAUAAUGAUAUCAGUAGCGGGUCUCUGAUUUCAGUUGCUGCCAAAGGCGCCACAUGCAUUGAAAUUCCUGAAAAACGUACAAUUAUAACGAGUUCACAUGCACACGGAGGAGUAGGAAAUAUUUCAUACAAUAUGAAUAGCAGCAAUGGCAACAAUAAUAAUCCAAGUAAUGUUGCUGGACAACGAUUUAAUUUUAUACAAAAUAAACAACAUCCACCACCACAACUACAACAAAAACAUUCAGUUAACUCACCUCCACAAAUGCAUCAACAACAACAUAUUUUGCAACAACAUCAUCAGCAUCAGACAUCAACAAUUGCUACAUCCAAUGAAGAGAUUGUACUUAAUCUACGAGAUUGGAAUAAUACCAGAGUGCUGGCUAAAUUGGGUAAUUACUAUGCUCCAGGCAUAACACGUCAAUCAACAACAACAUCAUCAUCCACCUCAUCUUCAUCGUCGUCAUCGUUAAAUGAUGUGCCACCAAAUUCAAUUAUAGUUGAAUUUGAUCCGCCAGAGAAUAGUACUCACCUUUAUACGGAUGUACUUAAUAGUGGGCGUUUUAAUGUGAUAUUGGACGCGAGUCCACCCGCAGCCGAUAUUUUGGAGGGUACACGAGCUUGUGUACGUACUUCAAUUGAGGGACGAAAUGGUUGUGUUUUUAUGGAAUGUACUGUGACGGAAGUUCAUGCAGCAACAAAACAAUUUACAGUAGAAAUUGCCACUGGGGAAGUUGGAACAGCAAUUCUCAAAACUGUUAAGCGAGCUGAUUUACGCUUGUUAUUGCCACCUUGGUGGGAUGAACUCAAUGAGGUAUCACCUACAAUAACUUUAACACCAGCAGGUCAAGUACCAGUAACUGGUAUAGCUAAAAAAGUGUUAAUUUCACCACAAUCUAGAAGAAAUUUUGGAAAUUCUCAGGUUCAGCCACUAGGACGGCUAAUGGGAAAUAAGACACCAACUGCUGUCAGUGGUCAAAUGCAUCAUCAGAGUCUGUACAGUGAACAACAGAAUCUUCAACUACAACAGCAGCCACAACAGAUGACCUAUGUCAGUAAUAAAAUACUAAAUAGCACAGUUUUGCAUCGUUCUCACACGAUUACUCAACAAAAGCCGGACGAUUAUUAUCGCACUAUAGCAACAUCACCAUUUCAAGGUACUGCAGCAGGAAAUAUUGUUAAUGGGGGUAAUAGUAACAAUAAUGGUACGACCACGUAUGUGAUACCCAAUGAGAAUGGCUGUGUUGAUUCCACAACAACAGCAGCGGGAGCUUGUAGUGACCAACAUAUAAUCGAGGGUAAUAUGCUGCAACAACAACAUCAUCAGCAACAGCAUCAUUUACUUCAACAUCAUCAGCAACAAACAGUUUGCAAUAAUGAACAAUCAAAUGAUACAAAAGUAACACCCUCAACAUCUGAUGCUGACAUGCUAAUGCAACAACAGCAACAACAACAGCUGCAGCAACAACAACAACAACAACAGCGACAACGUCAACAACAACAAAUGCAACAGCAUCGUCCAACCGGUUCAACAGGACCUUCAUAUGAUGACUCUUACGAUUCAGAUGAUGAACUUAAACGUGUCGACAUCGACGGUUUUGCAUCAUUGGGCGAUGCUGAUGCUGAAAAAUUUUCAGGCUGCAGUAAACGCAGCAGCAUGCAAUCACGCGGCAGUACAUCAUCCUUAGUCGAUCAGAGGCUAACACCACGAUCUCAUCCAGCUACACCACGAUCUCAAGCAAAUACACCACAUCGCUUUAAAAAGGGCGAUAUAGUCGAGUCCGAAUCAGGCGUACGUAAAAAAUUCAAUGGAAAACAGUGGCGUCGAUUAUGUUCACUGUGUUCGAAAGAAUCUCAGCGACGUGGUUAUUGCUCUCGUCACUUGAACCAAAAAGGCAGUUCGUUACGUUCUACCGGUCCAAGUCGUUUUCCAAGUGAUAUUAGCAGUCGUUCUAGUAGUAAGACACAAGUUGAUGAGGACACAUCUAGAGACUCGGAAACGUCACCAAAUUAUCGUACAACUGGUCGUUUUGAUCAAGAAGAAACAGAUGUGGCCAAUAUGUUGGUAUCUUUAAGCAGUUCCAGAUCGGGUACACCUUCAUAUUCCUCACCAGUAAAUCAUGGCACUUCACCCAUGAAUGCCAACAAUUCACCGGUGCCACAGGUAGUUGUAACCAAUCAUCAAAACUUCUUUACACCCAUCGGCAGAGGACCAGUUACGCCAACUGAUGCCCAUGCCAAUAAGCCAUGGAAAGCGACUCCUUCACCGGUGAUGUAUAACGUGCCUAGUUAUGUGCCUCAGGUUGUAUGUCCAGAGUCUGUACGGGCCCAUGGUUCGGGGGUAGUGAUUACUUCGACAGCACCAGUGCCACCACCACCACAACCAUCACAACAGUCACCUGUGUCAAUGGUAAUGCAUCCGAAAACGAUGCCGGCUAUUCCAGCUCAGCAGCCAAUCAUGUCACCGCAUUUGCCUGCACAGCAUCUUCAGCAGCAACCAUCUCAGUCACCAGGUCCGCCACCUCCUCCUGUAGUUGUGCCGUCAUCCAUAUCAACCGCUGCUGCUAUAACAUCAAUGGCUCAUGCCACAAGUGUCAUAAGGAUUUCGCCUGCCUCCUCAACAGCAACGACAGCGACAAACAUGACCAAUGCAGUAACAUUAGCAUCACAAUCAUUUCAUCCCGUUAUUGUGGAUGCCACACAAUUAAUGCCUCUACUGCCACAUCAACAACAGCAACAACAUCAGCAGCAGCAGACGCCGCAAUCCUCGCCGUCGUCGGCUGCAACUCAACAGACAGUUCAUCAGCAGAGUCUUCAGCAUACUUCUAUGAAUCAACUGCGACAUAAUCAUCAGCAUAAUGUGAAUACUGCUAUGGCGGCUUUAGGGGCUCAGUCUAAACCGCAGCAACAGCAGCAUCAAGCUUCCCAGCAGCAACAUUUGACGCAACCGCCACAACAACAGCAGACUCAACAAUUAAUAAAUGAAAAGACUAUUCCAAAAAACGGCGUUAACUCGGGGUCGAUUUUUCACUGGCACACGCUGCUGCCGCACAUUCAUCAAUCCCCCGUGAAAACUCAACAACAACAACAGGCUAACAAUUACACAAUCUCCAAUAUUGUUUUACCCACGCAAUCACCAUCCGAAGCAGCAGCAGCCUCUACACCACCACCGACGCCAGUGAAUAACAAUAAUAACAAUAAUCAUCUGUUAAUAACACAAUCAAUGUCUUCGCCAAAUAAUAAUCCCUUGGAUUGCACCCUAAAUGAUGCCGCAAAAGCCUCCUCGCAUCAAGUUAAUAAUAGUAGUAAUAAUAGUAAUCUUGAAGACAUUGAUGAUCAAUAUGACGAUGAUGUCUUCGAUCCCCCUUCCACGAACAAUGAAAAUCAGGCCAGUAAUUUGAGUCUUAAAAAUAAACAACAGCAACAGCGUUUCAUGAACAAUAACAAUAACGAUCAUGUCAUACGUAACAAUUAUAGGCCAACAAUUUAUAGUACAUCAGCAGCUGGAGAACAGACAACAAUUGGGGCUGCUGGAGGUGUUGGUCGUAGAUUGAAUGAAGUAUCAAAUGAUUUGGCUGAGGCGAACAGUUCGGCGGCCACUACUUCCAAAAGACGUUCGCAGUCCUUAAGUGCUUUACAACAGCAACAGGCUUUAGCCAAUGGCAACGGAUUGCCGGCAGUUGACAAUAGUUCUAAUUGCAAAGAACCCAUGAGUCCCAUGACAAAAAAUAAAAUUCGCCGCCCGAUGAAUGCAUUUAUGAUAUUUUCCAAAAAGCAUCGUAAAUUGGUACAUAAAAAGCAUCCCAAUCAAGACAAUCGAACUGUUAGUAAAAUAUUGGGUGAAUGGUGGUAUGCUUUGAAACCAGAGGAAAAGGCUCCAUACAAUGAAUUGGCUUCGUCUUAUAAAGAUGCUCAUUUUAAAUUGCACCCUGAAUGGAAAUGGUGUUCAAAGGAUCGACGCAAAUCUUCUAGUUCUGGUAAAGGUGGAAAUCAUGGUACCAAUCCUGCCACCUCAAAUGAAGCCAAACAACGUAAUGACUCAGUCGAUGGUUCUGAUUCCAUCGAUCAAGAAAACAGUCCUACAACACCGGGUCUUAUGGGUUUCGCUGCCAAUAAUAAUAAUAAUAAUGCUUCUGGUGGUAUUGGUGGCCUUGGCUCGAAUGGUAUACAAAAUGGUCAACAGGAUAUGCAAACUGACAUUAUACCUUUAACCAUUGCCACCUACAAUUCAUCCUGCUCCGAAUCAGAUCCCACGACCAUAAACAAUCACUUGAAUGGUCAGAAAUCUAUUAAAGAGGAACCAAUAAAACAUGAUAUUACAUCGGAAGAUGAACAAAUGGUAAUUGAUGAGGAUCCCGAUGAACAAAGUAACAGCAACAGUGGUGGUUUAUAUAAUAAUCAUCAUCAUCAAAAUUUACAAGUAAAAAAUACUACAGAAUCUGUAGAUCUACAAUGUCGCGAACGUGUUCCAGACUCCGAUCUAGAAGACGCUGGUCAUGAUUUCCGUAAAACCAUAGCCUCGGGUGCUCUUGGCAGUGAUAAGGAUGAACAACAACAAGUGGUGGGUACAACACCUCCAGCUACUUGUAAACCAACGCCUCUUAAGGCUUUACCUCCCACUUUGGAAAAUAGCAUAAUUAAUUAUAAACAAAUGUCAAUGCUAUCUUAUCCUAGUCCAAAGAAUCCAAUUGGUGUAACACCAUUCCAACCAACAGGUGGUGCUUUUAAGACUAUGCCUAUCAGUCCAAAGAGUACAAAACUCGAAGAACAACAGCAGCCACAACAAAUUAUUAUUAAACAAGAAGAUCUCAUGGAUGCCAAGUAUAUUAAACAGGAACCACCAUCACCAUAUAAACUAAAUGGUGGUGGCUGUGGUGGUUCUAGUAUUACAACCUCAUCAUCAUCCUCAUCCACUACAUCAUUGUCGUCAUCGUCAUCAUCCAAUUCGACAGCAUCAUCGGCUGUUAGUCAAAGUAGUAAUAUUUUUACAUUUAAUGUGCCAGCGGCAACUGCAUUAUCACAGCAAAAAUCCCAAUCACUUUUGCAUCCCCAGCUAAGAAGUCCUACUUCAACGGAAUCUAGAGGUUCUACAUCGGCUACAAUGGUAUCGUCAGCAUCAUCAACGUCCUCUUCUGUACCAUCGUCACCGGCUUCGGGUGUACAGCAACAACAGCCAAAACAAAUAUUGUUUGCUGUUAACAAUGUGAUGCCUCAUCAUCAGUAUGCCAUUCUACCGAUGCAACAUCAGCAACAACAAAUGCAAUAUAUAUUCAAAAAGCAAAAUGGACAAGCUGAGCUGGUUUCGACCUCAAAACAGAAUACAUUGGUUUUGCACAAUUACAAUACACAGGAACAACAAGUGCCAAUUUCUCCAUCACAACGUUCGUCAUUGCCUACAACGCCCAAAUCAGCAACAGAGCUUGGUUUCAAACGUACUACAGAAAUGGGCAGCGGUGGCGAGGAAACUCAAAAACAACUACAAGAAAACAAUGAUAUACAACAGCAGUUUGUAUUGGCACCAACACCGGCCCAACUUGGUCGUGCACCCUCUCAAAGACGUAAAAAUUUAUCCGUGGGUAGCAUGAGUGCGAUUAAGCAGGAGAAUAACAUUUCGCCAAAUAAUUAUACAACAGCAACUAUUUUGUCAAAUACCAACUCAGGUGGCCAAAUGAAAAACUUAAACUCUCCCAUAAUGGAGGGUUCAUCACCAAUAAUAGGACAUGUUUCAGCGGUGGCAUUAACAACGGCAUUACCAACACCUACCUCUUCGUCUACAACACCCAAUAGUGAUGAACAGUUGCCCUUAACACCGGCAUCUAGUAGUGGUUGUGGUACUGGUAAUAGUGGUAGCAGUGGUAGCUCUAAUAAUACUUCUACAAAUCCCAAAUCACCUAAAGCGGCAAAUAUGGGACCGAAGAAAAAACAACAACAAGAUGAAAAAUCCAGUGUUUUGGCUGACUUUGAAAAGAAAUAUGAAGCUUUGCCACAAUUCAAACCUAAAGAUUGUCAAUCACCCAGCGCUAUAGUAGUGCCAUCUUCACCACGUGUUUAUGGUACAAAUUAUCGAAAAAAGAAUGCCACAGCACCACCGCCAAUACAAAGAAUACAAAGUGAAGAUGAAUGCAAUGAUGACACUGCUUCUAUACCGACACCAACACAACGUUUCUUUGGACCAGAUUUUAAUAUAGACACACUAAGAGAAUUGGAAUCAUCUGAUCAAACUGGACGUUCUCCGCGAACACCGCAAACACCUCUACAAACACCCCGAUCUGAUGCUAGUGAAAAAGGUCAUCGAAAACUAUUGGAACAACGGCGUAACUUGGUUUUACAAUUAUUUGCUGAACAUGGUCUCUUCCCAUCGGCACCAGCAACAAUAGCUUUUCAGACUAAACACAUUGAUGUAUUUCCACGACGUCAGGAUUUACAGUUAAAAAUACGUGAAGUACGACAAAAACAAAUGAAUCAAUCGGGCUAUACACCCCAAUCGGCUGGCCCCAUGACACCCUCUGAAAAUAAUAAUCAAGCUUUAAAUAUAAACUCUUGUAACAACAAUAAUAACAGCAACAAUGGAAAUUCAACUGCUGCAGGCAUAACAACACAUCAACAACAUGUUGUAGAGCAACAACAACAACAACAUCAGUCACAACAAAGCUAACUUUAAGAUUAACUUAAGUAGAUUAAAUAAUGGUCUCCGUUAAAAUUAAAAAAAAAAAAACUAAAAUUGUAUUAAAAAAAAACGGUUAUAAAUUUUCACAAUUUUGACAAAAUAUCGCACAGAUACACAACUCUAGAUACGAUACAAAUGAAAAAGAAAAUGAUUUAAGAAAAACAUGCAUUAAAUGCAUGCAAAAAAUUCACAAGAUUACGAAUCUUUUACAUAACACAUAAAAACAAAAGAAAAACAUUAUAAAUAAUUAUAAUUAACAACAAUAAUAAUGUUUAAUAUAGUCUACAAAAAAAAAAGAAACAACAAAUAUUACAACACGAAAAACCAACAAACAAAAUAAUAUUAGAUUUUAAUUAUGAAAAUAUGAGUGUUUAAAGCUUGUACGAUGUUUGUUUUCUUUAUAUUAUUUUAUGUAACGCAAAACUUUUUUUUGAAUUAAAAAUAAGAAGAAAAUAUAUACAAAAUUGUAAAAUUACUAUAAGAAGUUUUUGUUUAAAAUAAAACAACAUCUUAUAAGCUUAAAUACGUACAUAUGCAUAAACAUAAAUAUUGAAAAAGUAACAAAAACAAAAUUACAAAAAAAUAUAUAUUUAUAUUACAAAUAUACACAUAGCUCCCCAUCCUAUAACCUUCUGUUCCCCUAAAGCCCUACUAACUAUUGUUCAAGUUCUGUAAAUUUAAGCAUAAAGAACAUACAACCACAACACAUUUAUAUAUAAAAAACAAAAUUGUAUUAAGAGUCAUUUUAGUGGGUAAAUUGAAAAUGAAAGCAAAAAAUUGAUUGUAUUUAUGUAAACUACUAUUUAAAUUUUAUAUAAUUAUUUUGCAAACAUAAAAAAGGAAAUUUUCUUUUUGGGCCUAUUUUUUUCUACCUAAAGAACCUAAAAUUUUUAUAAACAUUUUGCCAUACUUAACAAACUGUUUAAAUAAGAUUUUAGGUUUAAACUUUUUGAGUUGAAUUUUUAAUUUAAUAAAAAUAACAAUUGUCCAUCAAUCAAGGUUUAAUUACAUAAACGACAAUUGUUGUUUUUAAUUAUGUUUAUUUUGCUAAGUUUGUUAAUUUUUUUAUUUCCCUCAUUCCUUUUCACCCGCCCACUUAUUUCUUUAACUUUCUUUUUAUUUAUCUUUCUAACUAUGUAUCUAUUAAAUUAAAAAAAAAAAAUUAGCCUUAUAUGAAGUUAUAAACAUAUUUUUAAUUGUUUUAUGAAUUUUAUUGAAUUUUUCUAUAAAUUAGUUAUUAGGUUUUAAUAAUUUUUUUUUAUUAGUUUGUAAGAUGAUUUUAAUUUGUUUUUAUUUUAUCAAGAGUUUUUAACAAUUUGAUUAUAAAAUUUUGUCCCCUUGGGAAACUACGUUUCUAAAACGUUUUUAACUUUUUUUUUAACUAUUUUACCACAACAAAUGUUUUAAAAUGUUCAAAGUUUUUAAUCUGUUUUUAUUUUAUUUUUUAAAAAAUAAUAAAAUUGGCUUUUAAAUAGUGUUUUUAAAUACAUUCUUUCUAUUUAAAUUUAAAAACGCAUUUUUACUAGUUAAAAAUGUUUAUAAUGAAUGUAAAAUUUAAGCAAAAAAACAAACAAACAAACAAAAAAAUCCUAAACAAACUGUUGCAGUUUUAGUGGAAUAAAUUAUAAAUUCUUAACUUUUUUUUUUUAAACAAAAUGUGUUAAAAUGCUUUAAAUCAAGAAAAAUUGAUGUAAUUUUCUUUUUCAAUGUCUUCCACUUGUGCUGCAAUAUUUAAAAUAUAAUUUUUAAUUGUAUUAAUUGUUUGCUUUUAAAAUUAAGUUUAUUUUUUAUGCGCGAAAAAUUAUUAAGAUUUUUUUUCCAUUACAUUAUAGAAAUAUUAAUUUCAGUUGUAGUUUAACAAUUUAGAAAACCAUAGAUCAAUAUUAUUAUAUAAAAAAAAUUUAAAAAAAAUAUAUAUAUGAAAAAAAGCAAAGUGUGGUUAAAACAAAUUGUUAUAAUUUUUGUUAAAACAAUACAAGAUUUCUUUCAUUAAGUUUUGCACGUUCUUUGAAGACUUUUUAAAUAUACAUAUAAACUAUUAUUACAGCUUUUUAAA